AAACCAAUUUCUAUUCUAGUUUUCUUUCAAGCAUUUUAUCAAACAGUUUCUCUACACCUUUAAAGAUUCAUAACUAUGAUUAGCAAUUUUGAAUCUGAUGUUAAAUAUCUACAGAACCCAUCUUUGAUUUCUCAAUUCUUUUCUCUUUCGAAUAUCGAAAAUGUUCCUGAAGUUUACAGUUUCUGGAAAUGGGGUGCUCUGUUUUUCGCCAUAUUUGUUACAUUUAGUACUUUAUUUGGAAGAAUUAAGUUUACAUUCAUUUACUUACGUAGAAUUGAGCCUUCUGAUGAGCCUAUUCUUCAGUAUCUUAGCGAAGACUUCGACUUUUCUGAUGAUGACGACGAUGAAUGCUCGUCCGUGUCUUCGAAUGAUGAAGAGAUAAUUACACCCAGAGGUGAUCGAGAUUUUUCUGUGGCGGGUGGGAAAAAGAGUAUUUUAAGACUUAUAAGGCGACGGAGCAGCUAUGGACUGUUUCCGUUAACUGAAUUUGUCGCCGGAAAAAAUGUUGUAAAGCUCUGGGAUUUGAAUAUUGAAGAAAAGAUGAGUGAAUUUCGGACGUUGCCAUCGCCGUCGCCGGCGAUGGUUUUUUGGUCCGAAUUGAGAGAUGAGAGGAACGGCGUUGUUUUAGCUGGUUACGACGCGAGAAUGAGGCGUCAGUCGCCGGCGAUAUUUGCCGAUUGGGGUACAGGAAAAGUGGUGGGUAUCGGCGGUGUUGAGAAAGUGUACGUUAGAGAUGAAGUCGCCGGAGUUGUAAAGGUUGGUGAUAUGAGGAAAGCGAAAACGCCGGUGGAAAUGGUGACGGAGGUCGACGGUGGCAUGUGGUGGAACGCCGGCGCCGUUAUCGUUGACGAUGACUUCGUUAGACAUAAAUUUAUUUAG